AUGGCAGCCGCAGCACCCAAGCUCCUCGUCAACAAGGUCGCCGCCAUCACGGGCGGCGUGACGGGCAUCGGGCGCGCCAUCGCGCUCGAGUACCUGCGCCAGGGCGCCAAGGUCGCCGUCAACCAUCUGGGCGAUGACGCGUCCAAUGCGCAGUUCGAGUCGAUGUUGAAGGAGAAGCCGGCGGACGCGCCGCUCAUCGCCGUGCCGGGCGACAUCUCCAAGCCCGAGACGGCGAAGCGGCUGGUCGAGCGGACGGUCGAGGAGUUUGGGAAGCUGGACGUGUUCGUGAGCAAUGCCGGCGUGUGCAAGUUUGCGGAUUUCUUGGACCUCGACACCGAGCACUGGGAAUUCACGCUCAACACGAACCUCGGCGGCGCCUUCCACGCCACGCAAGCCGCAGCGCGGCAGAUGGCGGCACAGGGCCACGGCGGCUCCAUCAUCGGCAUCUCGUCCAUCUCGGCACUAGUAGGUGGUGGUCAGCAGGCGCACUACACGCCCACCAAGGCCGGUGUGCUCAGCCUGAUGCAGUCGUGCGCCUGCGCCCUCGGCCGCUACAACAUCCGCUGCAACGCCCUGCUGCCCGGCACCAUCAAGACGCAGCUGAACGACAAGGAUCUGGCCGACCCGGACAAGAGAAAGUAUAUGGAAGGCCGCAUCCCGCUGGGCAGGACGGGCGAGCCGGCGGAUCUGGCGGGACCCGCGGUUUUUUUGGCGAGCGAUCUGAGUAAUUAUGUGAAUGGCGCGCAAUUGCUCGUGGACGGAGGCUUGUUUGUGAAUCUUCAGUAA